AUGUGCAAUUAUUUUAAAAAUUAUUCAGGCGGUGGAAGCAUAGGGUGCAACACCUUGUAUCACCUGACAAAACUGGGCAUGACAAAUGUUAUUCUGCUGGAGAAGCACUCCUUGACAGCUGGUACAACUUGGCACACUGCAGGGCUUUUGUGGAGAUUGAGGCCAAGUGAUACAGAAAUCCAGCUCUUGGCACAUGGGAGAAACCUGAUCAAAGGUCUGGAGCAGGAAACUGGAGUAGCCCCUGGUUGGAUUGAAAAUGGAGGCUUGUUCAUUGCCUCCUCCAAGCCCAGAUUGGAUGAAUACAAGCGCCUGAAAACCAUAGGCCAUGACUUUGGGGUUGUCAGUCAUGUCCUGACUCCUGAGGAGACCAAGAGACUGUAUCCCCUGAUGAAUGUGGAGGAUGUCUAUGGGACAUUGUAUUCCCCUGGGGAUGGGACUAUUGACCCUGCUGGCUACUGUCAGGCACUCACCAGGGCUGCCAAGGGCAAGGGUGCUCAGGUGUAUGAGAGUUGUUCAGUGACUGGGAUCCAAACCACAGAAUCUUGGGCAGGUGGAAGGAAAGUCUCAAGGGUUGACACCAACUUGGGUUCUGUCAAGACAGAAUGUGUCAUCAAUUGCUCAGGAGCUUGGGCUCCCAAAAUUGGAGAUCUUGCUGGUGUAGCAGUACCUUUGACAGCCAUGAAGCAUGCCUAUGUGCUCACAGAAAGGAUUGAGGGCAUCCAAAACAUGCCCAAUGUCAGAGACCAUGACUCUUCAGUGUACAUGAAGUUACAGGGUGAUGCCUUGGCACUGGGUGGUUAUGAAGAACACCCAGUGUUUCUUGAGCAGUUGGGAGAUGAUUUUGCAUUCAGCCUCUAUGAACUGGACUGGGAUGUAUUUGGGUGUCACAUCAAGGGUGCCAUCAACAGGGUGCCAGUGGUUGAAGCCACUGGGAUCAAGUCCACAGUUUGUGGCCCUGAGUCUUUCACACCUGAUCACAAGCCCAUCAUGGGUGAAGAUCCUGGACUGCAAGGUUUUUACCAUGGUUGUGCAAUGAACUCUGCUGGAAUGAUGCUUGGUGGUGGCUGUGGAUGGCAAUUGGCUGAGUGGGUGAUCAAGGGUAGACCAUCCCUUGAUAUGUUUGGCUAUGACAUCAGGCGCUUUCAUCCAAAUCUGAUCAGGAACAGAAAGUGGGUGACAGAAAGAAGUCAUGAGGCUUAUGCCAAAAACUACUCCAUAGUGUUCCCUCAUGAUGAACCCCUUGCAGGCAGGAAUGCCAACAAGGGACCUUUGUAUGAAACCUUAUUGUCUCAAGGUUGUGUCUACCAAGACAGACAAGGGUUUGAGCGCCCUGGUUGGUUCUUACCAGGAACAAUGGCUCCUCCAUUGGACUAUGACUAUUAUGGGAGUUACCAAAUUCCCAAACAUGCCAAUUAUGUGUACAAGGACCUGCUGGGGUCUGAUUACACCUUUGAUUUCCCUCCUCAUCACAAGCAGAAUGGUGAACCAGUGGGACACUUGUACAGAGGGGAAUUUGCUUUCACUCUUGGAAAAAGUAUUGGUUAUGGGUACAUCAGGAGUCUUGACAACACCCCCAUUUCCACACAUGACAUCAAAGAAGGCAGCUAUGAACUUGAAAUCAUGUGUGACAAGGUCAAGGCCCAGGUCCACACCAAGUCCCCCUUUGACCCAACCAAUCAGCGCAUCCAGGGUCACUACCGUGACUGAAGUCUUUUUGACACAGUGCUGAUGUAUUAUAAUGUUGUAACUGUUGCUUAGUCCUGCUUUUGCUCAUUGCUCUGCUGAGUAUUGGGUGAAGCCUCCAAAUAAACUGGUGCUGUUGAUGGUGAA